CGGAUACGGCGUGUGUCGCUCUUUCCUAUUUCCCGCGAAAAUUUACGUACCUAUUUCAAAUCCGAUUCUGAAAAUAUCGGGUUUAUAUUGUUUGUGGUUUUAUGUUGUUGGAGUGUUGAGCCUGUUUGUGUUUCGUGAACGAUUCUGUUUAUUAUUUUUGAGGAUUUUGGUUGUAACGACGGUUUUUUAAAACGUAACAGUGCAACUAAUGCCUUCAACCCCCCCGUGUCAUAUGCACCGGUGAACGCUGGCGUGGUACGGCGGCAUGCAAGCCGGCGGGUGGUUCCUCCCAUGGAGCAUGGGCAUGGGCAUGAAGCAGUACGCCGUGGCGCUGCCGAUGGGCGGCGUGGUACCGCUGGUGCCGCCGCUGCUGGCCGCGCUGCCGCCGCAGCCGCCGCCGCUGCGGCUCAUUGCGCCGCCGCCGCUGCCGCCCAACCAGCCCCAGAGAAAGGGAGAAAAGGACAGCGGCAAAAACUGCAUACUUUCCUGCGAGAAGAGAAAAGCGGAUGAUACAGACAUAAAUAAAGACUUGAAAAAGGCAAAGUUAGAGACCAAGGCGCUAAAGGCGAAGAGGCCGGGGUUCACAGACGACCGGUACAACGAGACUUCCUACUACAUCGAAAAUGGCCUCAGAAAAGUCUACCCCUACUACUUCACAUUCACGACAUUCACAAAAGGGCGGUGGGUCGGCGAGAAGAUUCUCGACGUGUUCGCGCGCGAGUUUCGCGCACACCCCGCCGCGGAGUACGAGCGCUGCAUCCGCGCGGGCACGCUCACAGUCAACUAUGAGCGGGUGGACCCCGACUAUCGGUUGAAGCAUAAUGAUCUGCUCGCUAAUGUUGUGCAUAGGCACGAAGUACCUGUGACCAGCCAACCGAUCACCCUCGUACAUAUCGACGAGGAUAUCGUGGUUGUCAACAAACCGGCCUCUAUCCCCGUUCACCCGUGUGGGCGAUACCGACACAAUACGGUUGUAUUCAUUCUGGCUAAGGAGUAUAACCUGAAGAACCUAAGGACCAUACAUAGACUGGACAGGCUAACAUCAGGGCUGCUCUUAUUCGGUCGAAGCCCCAAGAAGGCGAGACAGAUGGAACACCAGAUAAGAAACCGACAGGUGCAAAAGGAGUAUGUCUGCCGAGUCGACGGCGAAUUCCCUGAGGAGGAAAUAGAAUGCCAAGAGGCCAUAGAAGUAGUGAGCUACAAGAUCGGCGUAUGCAAAGUGUCAGCCAAGGGCAAGGAUUGUUCUACGGUGUUCAAGCGGCUGGGGUACAAUCCCAGGAGCAACACUAGCGUGGUGCUGUGCAGACCGAAGACUGGAAGAAUGCACCAGAUCAGAGUGCACUUGCAGUAUCUAGGUUACCCCGUAGUGAACGACCCCCUCUACAACCACCCAGUCUUCGGCCCACUCCGAGGCAAGGGCGGCGACACCGGCGGAAAGACAGACGAGCAGCUAGUCCGCGACCUCAUCGCCAUACAUAACGCGGAGAACUGGCUGGGAGUAGACGCUGGUGAUGAUGAUAUGCUGUUCUCGAAGCCUGUGCGUGAUGAUAAAGGUGUUGAAGAUGACUGCGACACUGGGCCAACCUCCAGAGAGUCGUCUCCAAGGCUGGAGUCACCAGCGCCAGGAGUGACGGCUUCCACUAUCAUGACGCCGACCCUACCAAGCCCCUCAAGCGCAGCAGAAGCGCCCCUGGACGCGUCCCCGGCAGUCUGCACCCUCGCGCCUUCGCCCACCCCCUCGGCAGCCAUGAACGACGACUCUAGUGACGCCAAGUCGGACAAAGUGACAGUGGCAACGCAGACGGGCUGCGCGGCCACCGCGACGAGCUCUGUCAGUUCGGCCAGCAGCUCCUCAGAUGCUCUGUCUCAUGACCCUCACUGCUAUGAGUGUCGAGUACGCUACCGUGACCCAAGGCCCAGAGAUCUGGUCAUGUAUCUGCAUGCUUGGAAGUACAAGGGGCCCGGCUGGGAGUACGAGACGGAGCUGCCACAGUGGGCGAGCGUGGAGUGGGACGAACCGGAGAGCUCAUAGUCACACGAACUGACACCAUUGCGGCGGCGCCUCGCCUCCUCGCUGUACAUCAACCACAGACCGCGGAAAUAUAAAGACUAAAUCAAGGUCAAUGUUAGCGUCUGCGAGGCAAGACCGGCUAGGCGGCUACUCUGUUCUGACUGGAUUUCGUGAUCGCAAAUGUUGAAAAUGUGUUAAGAUGGUCAUAUUUAACAAAGUUUCCCAUAAAACCACUGAUAAGCGAGACAGAAUCACAUCCAGAAACCUACAUUGAGAGCAUGUAUUUAUUCGUUCAUCGAAAGUUUGUUUGAUAUGACUAAUAUGAUUAACAUGUGGGAUCGCGAUCUUAAAAUCACUCAGUGCAAUUUCAGAAUAUUAUGAAACAAAACGUUUUAUGGAUUGUAUUUUCAACGCCAUACUAAUAACAAUAGAACUGUAGACGGUCUUACCUCACAGAUGGUUUCCUACAUUGAUCUUACUGAAACUGUUAAUAAUGCAAUUUGGACUGAUUUUAUUGAUAAUGUUUUAAAAUGAGAUGUUGAUGAUUGUUAAGCUGUUUUCACUUUUGUCAACUAGAUGGCCCCAUAAUCGUUGACUAGGACCGUAGUUACCAAUGUAAAUCGCGAGGUGCCGUUCGUUUGAUGAUGGUUUAAUCGGCUGUUAGUAUCGCUGGCGUACGUUUUAUAAUAACUAGACUAAGUGAGAAUUAGAGUAAGUAAUUUAGAUUAUUUCUGCGUACGAUGUUCCGCUCUUAUUUGGACCUCUUAUACUAGUUUCAUUAGCAGUGACCAGUGACUGUUGCACCACAGUGACAAUUGGCGCCCGAAAGUGAUACUUCGCCAUUCAUUGCCUGUUCAACAAAGAACAUUGACGCUGUUAGUUAUCAACCCACAAAUAAGCACCGAAUUGUCUGUGUCAAGUGUCAAUGUGGUGAAAAAGCCACAGAUCUUAGAUCAAUCCGAAUAUUAAGGCCUAGAUGUGUACAGCUGACACCAAUAUAAACUAUUCUGCUUGUCUUAUUACAAAAGCAGUAGGUACAGAUCUCUGAUCAUAAACAUUUUCACCUUGAUAUAAGUUUCGGUUUCAUUUCUAAAUUGUAGCAUCUAUGGAACUAGUAUUUUAGGCCUUAAUAUAAUGAGAUCUUAGAUUGAGCACUUAUUUUGAUACGUUCUUGAUCAUUUUCGGUUUUUUGUGUGUAGUUUACGAUUUUAGAUGUUUAUGUCAGUGUUCAGUUCCUAUCGGCCUAGGAUGUUUCGUCGCUUGUUGUAAUGUAGGACUAAGGAUGUAACGAUAGAAUAUCGGUAACUGUAAAAUAGUAUAUCGCUUUAACGAGGCAGGGUCAGAACCACAAUCAUAAAUGAAUAUAUUAAAAAAAUUGAAAUGAAAAUGAUUUAUAAAUAAAACACAAAGGGAUAGCUCUUCGUUUUAAUUCUCAAAUUUAUGUACAUUUUAUUAGAGAUUCAAAACGUGUGCGAUGAAAAACAGGAAUAUUUUUUGUUGUUUUUCACCCCGCAUGAAUAUUUUGAUUUCGAUCAAUCUUGGACCACUGCAUAUUUUCUUAUUAAAAUUGAAAAUAGGACCACUUUUAAACAUUUUUUAGAAAAGCUAUCUCGGUAUCAGUAGACAGACACGUGUCUAUAAUAAAUGCAUAAGUAAAAAUAAAUCUAAAAUAACGCAUUUUGUAGGCGGCAUAUAGUGACGUCGUCACAUUUUGGCUUCCAUAGUUUUGAGUAGAGGAGAAAUAAAAUUUUUAAAGUGUUAAGACAGACCUUCAGAAUUUUGUACUCGACUUACAUUGUGACAAUUCCGAAUUUUACUCUCUAAAAAUAAAAUUCUCUCUUGUAUUGCUUUUUGUGAUAAUGCAUUUAUUGUAUUUUCCUCUUCGCUGACAACUUUGAAAAAAGACAGUUUGUGCGUAAUUUUAACAUGACCAAAGCAAUAGGUCUUUAUGUAUUUCCAAAGACAGAUAUUAAGUUUACAAUAGAUGACACAGCAGAUCGAAGCACAUUUUAAAGACAUGGACGCGAUGUUCACUUCGAGGGCUUAGGCAAUGACAAUCUUACUUCGACAAACGCCAGCCGGACAAAAAACAUGGCAUCGAAAACUGUGACCAUAUCCAUAACAAUUUUUCACAUUAGAUUGGCGUUUUCCAUCAAUUAUUGUCACUUGGCUAAGCCAUAUUUUAUAUUUACGUUUGUGUGUUUUUAGUUCUAAGUUUUUUACGGUUUCAUUAUUCUUGUUUGGAUUGUUCUUAUGGUUUAUUAUUGUCGUUUAAACUCGAAAUGACACGAUGGUUGAACGCUGGUUCGUUUACGGUAGAUAUAUUUAUCUUAUCGUAGGUAUUAAAUGUAAAAGACAAUUCUUGUUAUUAAUAAAGUUUCACGAGCUUUCAUAAAAUUAGUUUGGAAAAAUAUAUAUUUUUCUUACUUGUAGUGUAGCAGUAGUAUGCAGAUAUGUUGUACCCUGUUAUAUAAUGAUAUUAUGGCGAGUUUGAAGUAAGCAACUAUCACUAUGUGAUCAUUUAAUUCACAUUUCAUAUAUCUAAAAACAACAGGAUACAUACACUUGCUGAUUUGUGUUGUUUUUGUAUAUAAGUAUUUAACUUUGUUAACAAGAUUAUGUACACAAAAAUGACAAAGACGUAAACUUAUCCCAACCAAAAAACGGAACACUAAAAAUACCUAUUUAAAAAUAUUUAGUGUCUAAACCUUGUUUAUGAUACGCUCGAUAUAAAAUCGAAUUAUAAACACCACAAAUCGGCUUACCUCGCGUGAUGUUAGCAUUCAUUAAGUCAUUAAUAAUAAAACUACGUUCAUUAAUAAUGAUAUUGGUGGUUAAAAUUGUUGUGUGGACUGCUUACUUCAAACGAAGCCUAUUUCGCUGUUGUUGCUAUCGGCUAUACAAUGUACAUAUAAUGCUAAUGUGAUUCUGCUAUCUCUAUUACUUUCGCAUUAUAUCUAUCACAUUCUCUAUUGUCUCUAUUGGGAUCAAAGUAAUUUAAAAGUCAGGGAAACACCCGAACAGUCACGUAAUAUUAGAAUUGUAAUCCAUGUUUUAAAAGAAUUUUGUAAAAACUGUAGCUGUACAGAGUAAGUAAUCAGUGGCAUAUCACCUAGGUACCACAUUGAGAUCAUUCAUGCCGUGUUGCAGAAUGGUCUCACCGACGAAUAUUGUUGUAUUUUUAUAGUGUUUAAGACAUGUUUAUACAUUAUGUUAAAUAAUUAAGCGAACUGUUUGGAUAACUGUAAGGCUGGCGGUCUUCUAAGUUUUAGAACGUUUCAAAAGAAUAUCCCCCAGUCUUACUUUAUCAUGUUUUUUUACUUUCUCAGUUCUGCCUCUCGACAUGUUUAUGCAUGUCGCAUUCGGUUUAUCAUUUAUUUGUAAGAAAUUUUCAUGUGCCUUCUCAAAUAAUGAAAGAGUAAAGAUAACUUGUAAUAGUAAUGUUUUUUAAAUUACAGUUACAUUGUAAUUGUUACACGUUUUAACGUAAGUAGAGACAUUUGGCACUCACGAGUUCGAGAGGUGCUCAGAGGAUAAUCAUCAUAGUUUUUUACAUCGUU